AAGGCUCUGGAACGGACCUGUUGAUUUUGGUGCUCAGCGCACUGGACCUGGCGUGGGAUGGAGGUGAAGCACGGGAGGUGCCCUCCGGUUUACACUAGAACCAGAGGGUUGGGCCAGCCCAGCAGUGCGAGUCAGAUUUCUCCCAAAUGUUCCUGUUUUCUUACCGUCUAAGGCUCUCAGGAGUGUGAAUGAAGUGUGAAUUCCCCUUUUUCCCCACUCCCAUUCUUUAGGGCCCACCUAAACUGGGAAAUGUGUUUUCAAAAUGACAUCUAUCCAUGCCUGUCUUGUUCCCUAAUGUACUUUAUGGAAAUUCUUCACACUGCUAGAGCAUUGGCGUUACUUGUUAGACAGCCUUCCACGACCUAGCUCUUUUCCAAGCGAGUCCCACGGAAGAUGGAAGAGUUGAGUCGAGCCCUGGCUAGUAGCUUUUCUGUGUCUGAAGAUCUGAACAGCACAGCUGCCCCACACCCCCGCCUGUCCCAGUACAAGUCCAAGUUCAGUUCCUUGGAGCAGAGUGAGCCCCGCCAGCGAUUACUGGAACUGCAGAAAUCCAAGCGGCUGGAUUACGUGAACCAUGCCAGAAGACUGGCUGAAGAUGACUGGACAGGGAUGGAGAGUGAGGAGGAAGAUAAGAAAGAUGAUGAAGAAAUGGACAUUGACACUGUCGAGAAGUUACCAAAACGCUAUGCUAAUCAAAUCCAGAGAGGAAACCAACAUGGCUGUGGUGGCACAGGGAAAGAGGCGUGGAGAGAGACUGUCCUUGUGCUCCAGGCAGCUCAGGUAUUCCAGAAAGCAGGAUGUAGGCCCAAGCUGGGGCAGGGCUCUACCCUGCUAUCCUAUACUUGUGUCUAGAACCCAUGUCUUGUC